AUGCUUAAAACAUUUGACAAACUACUGAUAAACACCAACUUAAGUCGUAAUAAAUCAAUACAAUCAAAUAAAUCAACUAAUUCAAUAAAUUCCCUUAAAUCAUUCAAAUCUUCAUCAUCAAUAUCAUCAACUUCAUCCAAUGUUUCAAAUAAAUCAGUUGAUUAUAAAAUACAAUCCGCUAGUAGUUAUUUAAGUCCAAUAGAGCAAAGUCCGUUUGUUCCUAAUUAUGGGAAAUUUAAAUUUCUUAUAGUUGAUGAUAAUUUAAUUAAUUUAAAGAUAUUGUAUAAGAUAUUGUCAAAGAUAUUUCCAAAUGCUAAGAUUGUCAAGUUAUCUAAUAGUUCAACUAUCUUAAAGUUGAUUCACCAAGAGAGAUUUGACCUUAUAUUUUUAGAUAUUGAAAUGCCUCCUAUUAAUGGUAUUGAUAUUUCCAAAAAGAUUAGAUCAAUGAAACAUUUCAAUAAAUUAGGUUUAAUAGCUGUUACUACCCGUUCUAAUGAAAAAGACUUAAAAAUUUACAAAAAGAUUGGGAUUGAUUAUACUUUUAAGAAACCUUUGAAUUAUGGAUUGAAUAUCAUUUUAAACCAUGUAGAACUAGUUUUGAAUUACAGAAAAAACAAAUAA